AUGACAGUGUUGGGAAAGAGCGCGGUUGGAGAUCGAUUACUGGUGGUGAUGGAAGAUGAGGGACAGCGGGUUGAAUAUACACAAUUAUGGAAUGAUCUUGGGUCACGAGGUUUUCAGUUGACCUUCGAGUCGCCCAAAAAGGAAGAUCUCAAUCUAUUCAGACACGGCGAGUUGGCGUAUGAGCAUGUCCUGCUUGCGCCGCCCAAGUCGAAAGGCUACGGACCCUCCCUCUCUCCCAAAACCAUCCUCCAAUACAUCAACACCGGCGGAAACGUCCUUCUCGGCCUAUCCUCCUCAACAGGCACUCCCUCCGCCAUCUCCUCCCUCCUCCUCGAAUUCGACAUCUCUCUGCCUGCCGAUCGCGCCUCCGUCGUCAUCGACCACUUCAACUACGAUACCUCAUCCGCCUCAGAAAAGCACGAUGUCCUACUCCUUCCCCGACCUGGUCCUCUGAGACCAGACGUCGUCAACUUCUUUGGCGGAGGUGGCCUACUUGCCCUUCCAAAUACCGUCGGACAGAGUCUAGGCACCACCAGCGCACUCAUUGCGCCCAUACUACGAGCACCUAAAACAGCCAUCACAUACAACCCAGCAGAAGACGACCCAGAGGCUGCCGACGAUGGUUUCGCGACCGGCUCACAGUUGGCACUUAUAUCAGCCAUGCAGGCACGAAACUCAGCUCGCUUCACUGUGCUGGGAAGUAUCGAGAUGCUGCAGGACAAGUGGUUCGAUGCCAAAGUCAAGACCAAGAACGGUCAGAGCACAAGCACCGCGAACCGCGAAUUUGCUCAGCAAUUGACGGAGUGGGCGUUCAAAGAGGUUGGCGUCCUCCGAGUGGACAACGUUGAGCAUCACCUUGUCCAGGAUGGUGAUGCCAGCAAGCCGCUUUCCUCCAACACGACACAGGUUGGCUUUGCUAAUCCGGAGAUCUACCGGAUCAAGAACGACGUGUCCUACUCAAUAACCCUCUCCCAAUACCUCCGCACACACUGGCAGCCCUACCACCCACCCACCACCGACGCUCUCCAACUCGAAUUCAGCAUGCUCUCACCAUUCCACCGCCUCAACCUCUCCCCCUCAUCCUCCUCCCCCAACUCAACAACCUACACCACAAAAUUCACCACGCCCGACCAACACGGCAUCUUCUCCUUCCGCGUAAACUACAAGCGGCCCUUUCUGACGCCCAUUGAGGAGAAGCGACAAGUCACGGUACGGCACUUCGCGCAUGACGAGUGGCCGCGGAGUUUUGUUAUCUCGGGGGCGCUGCCGUGGGUCACGGGGCUGUGGGGGAUUAUUGGCGGGUGGGUGUUGUUUGUUGGGGUGUGGUUGUUUGCUGCUCCGACCAAAAUUGAUAGGUCGAAGGUGAUCGUGAAGUCGACGAAGUCCUAG